UCUUCGAAUAUGGCUAAGUUUGUUCUCAUUUCAAUAACAGCCUUUCUCGCUAUAUUCAACCCCUUUGCUUCUUCAUUGGUUUUACAUAAUGAACAUGAUAGCAAGGUGAAGUUUGGGUACAGUGGGCCAACUGGGCCGGGCAGAUGGGCCGACCUAAGCCCAGCUUUCUCAGAAUGUGCAAAGGGGAAAUCACAGUCACCAGUCAACAUUCUCACCCACAGCAAUGCUAUUGUUCACACCAAGUAUAAGCCACUGCUCAUCCAUUAUGCUAAAUCUCUGAAUUCUACUUUGAUCAACUAUGGCUUCAAUGUUGGGAUACGUUAUGGUGCAGAGGCAGGAAUGAUUGUUUUGGAUGGUAAAAAUUAUACACUGAAGCAAAUGCAUUGGCAUGCCCCCUCCGAGCACCGAAUUGAUGGAGUGCAGUUUGCAGCUGAGCUUCACCUUGUCCAUUUUGCUGUUGCCGAUCACACUCUGGCUGUCAUUGCAGUCCUCUUCCAAUUAGGCCCCCGCCCUGAUCCCACACUUGCUAAGGUUGGUAAACAUUUGAUUAAGCUGCCAAGGGAAUCAUCAUCAUCCUCAUCAAAACAAGAUAAACCUAUGAUUCCACUAGGAAAACUUAACACGCAUCAAAUAAGAAAAUUGUUGCAUAGCCACAAGUAUUACAAAUAUUUUGGGUCUCUCACCACUCCCCCGUGCACUGAACAUGUUACAUGGGCAGUCCUUCCCAAGAUACACUCAAUAUCAGAACGUCAAAUUGAAGCAUUGAGAGCUCCGGUAGAAGCUACAUGCAAGAAAAAUUCAAGACCAGUACAACCCUUGUAUGGACGAAAAUUGCAACUUUAUGAGGCCCAUCAUCAUCAUAAUUGACUCAAUUACCUAAUGUGUUUUGCCUCUUAAUUUAAUUCCAUCAACUAUAACUUAAUUUGCAUGUGAUCGUACUCGUAUAAUGGAUCAAAUAAAAAUUUAUCUAAUAACGCACGCAUGUAUAAUAAAAUAAACUAAACAUGGGUAUUACCAUGUUUGAAAUAAUGAAUUUGUUGUGCUAAUAAA